AAAAGCAAACGACAGAACAUAACUUUUUUCAUUAAAACGAAAAAUAAACAAAAGUGAAGGACUCUAAAACAAAGGUCUAUCCACAGGACGUAUCCCGCACAAUGGGAUUAAUCUCAUUGACAAUCAUAUGGUACCGCCGCUAAUUCAACUGGCAAGGUCGUGACGACGCUAACGACGGUCAGUAGGUGGUCACGGUCAACUGUAUAUAAAGCCAUUUAUCCAGAUUAAUGUAUGUAGUGCAGAUAUGGCGUUACAGGUGAUAACUGUGUUCGUUCUUGGUGCUUUAGUGGCGGGAAGCGUCGCGGCGCCGAAGGAUACCAAAGACCCUUGCUUCAACUACGAGAAUUCGCCAAAAGUAAAAGCUGAAAUGGAGAGCUCAGUUGCGUGGCACAGACCGAUGUCUGCUGGUUCCGUCCAGGAGGAAGAGCUGAUGCAAAAGAGUGCUCGUGCUAUGACACAAGCUACUGAUCCUCUGGAGAAACUGCGCUUGCUUUGCUUGUCCCGAGGUGCUUCAGGGAUCUUGGGACUUGGAAGAAUUUUCCGUCGCAUGGAUGAUGAUGGAAGUAAACUACUGAACAAAGAAGAAUUCCUUUAUGGCAUCAAGGAAACAGGGCUGGAACUUAAUAAAAGUGAAGCCGAAGAACUCUUCAGUCAAUUCGACACAGACAGUAGUGGCUCAAUCAGUCUUGAUGAAUUCCUUAUUAAAAUCCGUCCUCCCAUGUCGGAAUCGCGUCGUAACAUUGUAGAACAAGCAUUCAAGAAGCUUGACAAGACUGGUGACGGUGCAAUCACAAUUGAUGACAUUAAAGGUGUUUACUCUGUCGAUUCUCAGACCAGAUAUAAGAGCGGCGAAGAAACUGAAGAUGUAAUAAUGAAGAGGUUCCUCGCGAAUUUUGAGUCCGAUGGAACAGUCGAUGGGAAGGUUACUCUUGAAGAGUUCAUGAACUACUACAGUGGCAUCAGUGUCUCCAUUGACAACGACUGCUAUUUUGACCUAAUGAUGCGUCAGGCGUACAAGCUCUAAAUUUAGCUUGACUCGAAACUUUACCUGUCUCGCUCUAACACUCACAUCCACGCACCAAGGGCGAAGGAGACAGAAAAGUGAAUGCACCGCCUGUAUUUUCCAAACUAAAAAUUUAUUUCGUUUUUGUUCGUAAUGAGUAAACUAUUAAAUUUAAUUUGAAGCUAUUUUAUAGUUGUAAAAUUUAUUUCUUUUAUUAAUAAAUGAAAUGCUUUGAUAUGUGU